CGAUGAGUGUUGACAAUCGUGAUACGAACUCUUGCACAAACUUGUUUCGCUCUUAAUUCAGAGACUUCAAUUCGAAAAAAAAAAAUUGCGGUUAUGAGUUUUUCAUUUCCAAUGGAAAUGAAGUUUGUACAUAAUUACGCAUUGAGUAAUAGUAGAUUAAUAUAUAAAAGUAAACAAUACAAUAUAUAUAAAUAAUAAUCACGAAUCACGUGUUAUCUUUCUGUAGUUUUAUAAAAUAAAUCUUAAGAGAGCUAUAUGUGAUGAGAAAUACAUGUUUUUUUUUAUUUAAAUUGAUUUAUUAAGUGUUGACAAAGUUAUUGUGCGUGUGCGUGUUGUGUUUACUUACGAGAAAGUGUAAAGUUUAAAUGACAACUUCUAUCACAAUGAAUUUGCCAUCGCAAAAUAUUGGACUUUCGGACCAACCAGAGACCAGAGGUUUCGAUCUGUCAGCUGGAAACACCUGGAUAUAUCCAGAAAAUUAUCCAGUUCGCCAGUAUCAAUUUGACAUAGUUAAAUCUGCAUUAUAUUGCAAUACUUUGGUCUGUUUACCUACUGGUUUGGGAAAGACCUUUAUUGCUGCUGUUGUAAUGUAUAAUUUUUGGCGAUGGUAUCCUAUUGGAAAAAUAAUAUUUUUGGCUCCAACAAAACCUCUAGUUGCUCAGCAAAUCAAUGCAUGUUAUGAAGUUAUGGGGAUUCCAAGUGAAGAUAUGAUGGAGCUCACAGGUGCUGUUAAUCAAAAGAUUCGUGAAAAAGCUUGGAUCAAGAAGAGAAUAAUAUUUGCUACUCCACAAGUAUUUCACAAUGAUCUUGAGAAAGCAAUUGUACCUAGCCACACAGUCAAAUGUGUUGUUCUGGAUGAAGCUCACAAGGCAUUGGGCAAACAUUCAUAUUGUGAGUGUAUUAAAAUACUAUCCACACAAAAUCAAUAUUUUAGAGUAUUAGCUCUUUCUGCUACACCUGGAAAUAAACUGGACAAUGUUCAUGAAGUGAUACAAAAUCUACAUAUUUCCCAUUUAGAACUAAGAGACGAAAAUUCAAGUGAUAUAGUGCCAUAUAUAAAUAAAAGAAAGGUGGACAUUAUUUUAGUACCUCUUAGCAAUGAAUUGCUUAAGUUCAAAGAGAGAUACAUUUUCAUUAUGGAUCCCCAUGUUAAGCUUCUUAUACGAUGUAAUGUAUUGAAGGGUCAAACUGCAAACAUUUCAAAAGGAAGGAUCUUUCAUUUAUUAAGAGAUUACAAAACAAAGACUGACAAAUCUGGAAAUUACGGACAAAUUAUGAAAAGUUUGAAUAUUUUGUUAACUAUGUAUCACGCUUAUGAUCUUCUGAUUAGACAUGGACUGCGUGCCUUUUUUCAUUUUUAUCAAACUCACUCCGAUAAGUUUUGGAUGCGUGAAGAAAUUCAUUUGCGAGAUUUGCUUCACGACAUAGAAUCUUAUCUCGGACCAUUUCCGGAGGUAUAUCCCAGUGGGCAAAUAUCGGAGACACCGACAAAUAUUGUAUUUGGUCAUAAUAAAUUUCACAAAUUGAAAGAAUUGCUUGAGCAUCACUUUAAAAAGAAUGAUAAUGAUCAAAAGGACACAAGAGCCAUAGUUUUCGUCGAAUUUAGAGAUAUAGUCAAUGAGGUCUAUGUUUUGCUCAUGCAAUCGAAACCGUUAAUCAGGCCACAGAUGUUUGUUGGUCAAGCUGGUCAGAAGCAGAAGCAACAGCUAAAAGCGUUGGAGGAUUUUCGAAACAAUCGUGUGAACGUAUUAAUUUCGACGAGUAUAGGUGAAGAAGGAUUGGACGUAGGGGAAGUAGAUCUGAUAAUAUGCUUCGAUGUGUCACAGCAUUCCCCGAUAAGGCUGGUUCAAAGAAUGGGCAGAACAGGUCGCAAACGAGAUGGUCACAUAAUUGUUCUCGUUACCGACGGGAAAGAGCACGAGAAUUUGAAAUCCACAUUUUCUAAGAGGGAUUCCUUGAACAAUAAAAUAUUAAAUACAAGCAACAUAUGCCCUUCUUUUUACAUGGAGAAUCCCAGAAUGAUACCAGACGAAUUUAAUCCGGACUGUCACAAAAGACAUAUUGUAUUGCCGAUGACGCCAACUGUAAAGUCUAAAAGAAAGUGGAAAACUCUUAACAACAAAAACGAAGCGUCUGUCUCAAAACAAAAAGUUUCCAAUAAUAAGAGCGAAGCGUCUACCUCAAAACCGAAAGAAAAUAUGUUUACAAAAAAAGACACGGGUCAACCGUCGAUGAUGAGGUUUCUUACCAAUCAGUCCGGCGAGCAGAAUCGUGACAACGUUGUUACUCAGUCGAGAUCGCAAGGUCUGCACAAUACGAUACGUCCCGGGGAAGUAAAAUUGUUAUCCGACGAUAAUGCCGGGAUCGAGUUUCUGACAUUGUGCGCGAUCAAGAAAUCGAAAGAAGAAAUGUCUUCCGCAGCUGAACGUAAAAUGGACACGACUUACAUUCCCGCACCAAAACCGGUUACGUUAUUGUUCAAUUUCGUAGUACCCGACGUAAGCGCUAUUGAUUUAUCCCUUAUAGAUGGUUUGCUGACACAAUGUACAAUGUACGACGGAGAUAAUCCGUCAACGCAAAGUAAAAACGACGGACGUAAUAAUGUUCAUAACGUGAAUUCGAGUGUCAUCGAUAACGAUAACUUUUGGGGCACCAUUCGAAACGAAAGGAAUAUCGAUAACAGCGAGGUGAGAUUCGAAGACAUACUGGAUGAAAGUUCCGACUCGGACGGAGUUUCGUGCCAAAGUCAACAACAUUUAGACGUAAAUGCGAGCGAGGCUGUUGCAUCUAACGCGGGAGACAAGAACAAGGAAAGCGUUGCUAAUUCGAGAACUGAUGACUCGCCCGUAUUCGAGGACAUGGAAACCAGUAUGUUCGAGGACAUAUUAAACGAGUCCUUCAGUUUGUCCGAGGACGAGGUGGAAAACGAAAUCGCAGUGGGACGAAAUACGGAAUCUCCGAGUUUCUUCAAUGAUCUCACCGAAAACACGAAAAGAAAGGAUGCAACACGUGAAAGUACCGACAUCGCUUCCGAUGACAAGACCAAUAUUGAAUCCAAUCAAGAUGCGUCAAUGUCUACAGAGUUUACGAGACCUAAUCAAACGAACGGAUGUGUAAACAAUUUCGUGGACACAUUGCAAGAUUGUUAUUUCGAUAGCGAUGACGAUAUAAAUCAAUUUAUUCGGCAUGAGUCUAGUAAAAACAAUUCAGCAAGCAAUUCAAAAGCGAACGAGAGUUUAUUCUCCGUAACUCAAGCUAUAGGCGAGAUAGCGCGAAUGAAGAACAACAACGCGAAGACAUUGCCGAGAUCUACGAGUAAGGAGAAACCGCUCGUUGAGAAGAACGACGUCGAAUGGAUCACGGUCGAUAUCAAAACUCAAGCUUCGGAGAAGGAAAGUUCGAGAAUAGGAAAACUCGAGCUGUCGAAUGUUAAUCGCAAUUCUAUUGCGAAAUCGCGCAGGAACGAUUUCAAUUUUCCCGACGAUUCCGACGAAGAUUUCAUUGUUACGGUAAAUAACGCGAAGAAAAUCGACGAGAUCGAAAGCAGUUACUUUUGCAACAGAAAUUCGAAGAACGAAGACAGCAGUUCUUUGUUCGAUGCGUCGAAAACCUUCGAAUCGACAAAAUUUAACUCUCCCGAUACCACAUGGAAAAACGUGAAACCGUGCGGUAUGUCAACGCCGACUAGCAGCAGACGUUCGGUGUUGUCGUUGAACAGAAACAAGAUUCAACAUCCGGCUAAAACGAUAGAUCUAAAUUCGUUCCGAGCGCCUGACAAGUGUGCGAACAACGCGAUAGAUCGAAUUAUCCCAGAGCCUGGUUCGUCCAAGCAAACGUCGCCUGUGAGCAGAAAGAUGGACGAGAAAAAAAUCAAGCGAAGACAGAAAUGUAGAAAUGACGUUAAAAAUCAGUUCAUAGACGACGAAGCGAUAGUGGACGUCAGUUACGACUUGAGUUCGGACGAGACCGUCAAUCUUGACGACACGGACGACCGGGAUCUGGCGGAUUUUGUGAGCUACACGCAAUUUUCUCAGGAAGACGUCGAUAUGCACGCGCAUUAUCUGCGCACCGUCAGGAGCCCGGUCAAGAGACCGGGCGCCUUUUGCUUCAAGGAACCUCGAUCGCCCGAUUCGCCUGUGGAGAUCUACUCGCAACCUCUGUCGCUGUCGGAAGCGCACGAGACAUAUCUUUACGAUUCGUUCUGCGUUAAGGAGGACGAGCCAGGCGGCACGUCUGUUCACGACGACUCGUUGUUGGAACGAGCCGAGAGAGAAUUGGAGCGACAGAAACGAAAACGCGUCUGUUCGAACAAGAACGCGAGACCGGCCAAAGUCAAGAAAGCAACGAACAUCGUAAUUGAAUCCGUGAGCAGCGAGGACGAGAUCGAAGUGAUACGCGCCCAAGUGCGAGAGAAGGAUCAAGACUGAGAUAAAAAUCAAAUCGAUUCAAACUGUGAUGCCCCAAAGUUUACACUGAUGAUCAACAAGUCUACGAUAAAGUUUUUUUUUUUUAUACGUUAUAAGAAUCAAAGAACGCAAAAUACGGAAUUUAUUUUUUUGUACAAAAAAGCAUGUACAUAUUCUUGCUCGCGGCACGCUUAUAUGUACAUAUAUUUUUGGAAAUUGUUUCUGUACAGCGAAAUCAUG